UUGUAUAAACCUAUAUACUGUGUCUGGGUCUUUGGUAGCCGUAAACGUCAACUGUCACUGGACAGCUGUUUUAUGAAUUUAUAUUUUGAUUUUAAUGGGAUUUUCAAAUAAAAACAAAAAUUUAAUUUUAAAUUGAUGUUGGAAUUUUUAAAAUGUCCCUUACUCCUGGGAGUGUCAGUAAAUUAAGCCCAUAUUCUAAUAGAAUAAGUAAAAGUCUUUUAACACCAUGCCGCAGAGUGGGUCUUUCUAGGAAAAGGAAAACACCAAGUAGUAUUACAAAAUUUUUGUCAAAUGAUUUAAAUAAUUCAAAGUGUAGUCUUCUUGAAGAAACUAUUUCUGAAACUACUCCUAUAAACAAGAAAAGUAAUGUUACAAGAAAAAGUAAAGUUGUGUUUGAUAGUCACAAAGAAACAACUUCUGAAAAUUCUGAAAUUACAAAAACAGAACAUAGGGCUAAAAAAAGUCUGAAUAAUUGUUUUAAACAAGAAACAUAUGUACCUUCAGAAAUAUAUAAAGAAUCGAUAGAACAUAUAAACUCUAGUAACAAAGUUGUAAACAUAUCAAAUGAAGAACCAGUGAAUGUAGAUGAAUGUAGUGUUAGUCUAAUUAACAAAGAUUAUGAGACUGAGUCUUUACUUCAUCACCCAUUAGAUAAUAAUGGAGUCGAAAAAACCAAUGGCACAAUUUGUAAAUCUUUGAAUUUGCUACAUGUUAAAAAUGAUUCCAGCAUUGAAUUGGAUUCUAUUUCUUGUGAAUUUACUGACUUAAAAGAUCAAAUGGUUAAUAUCGAGUAUUGCAAGGAAAAUAUUUCUGAAAAAGGUAUAAAAAGUAACACUUUUAAAAAAAACCAUAAUGAAGUUAGAGAUGAAAUAAAUGAACAAGUCAAUACAGAUGUGGGUUGUGACCUCAAGGUACAAGAGAAUCUUGCAAAAUUAAAGCCACAUGAAAAACCAAUACUUGCAGAAAAAAAUGAAUCGAAUGUCAUCAAAAACUGUAAGAUUUAUAUUUCAAAACUUAGUGAGGAAGAUAUAGCAACUUUAAAAGGUGAUCCAACAUCUAUACCAUUAUCUGAUGAGGAGGAAGAAGAGAUAAUUACGGUUAAGAAAAAGAAGAAAACAAUACUAUUAGAUGAUGAUGAUGAGGAUGAUGAUUUUCAUGGAUAUUCUAAAAGAAUUUACCAGAAAGUCAAUACACAGUCCCCCAAAAAAUCAAAAGAGAAAAAAACGUCUAACGAGAAAAAAACUUCAAAAGAGAAAAGGAAAAUGCGAAGAAUUUCAUCAAUAGCAAGUGUGAGCACAAUUGAAGAUGACGAUGAUGCCUUUACAUCAACUCCGGAUAGAGAAAAAAAUGAAAAACAAGAUUUAAUUGUUAGAAUUAAAGAACUGGAAAAUAUUAUCAGAGACAAAAAAACAAAAGUAGACAAUUUAAGAAGAGCUUCUGUAUACAAGUCAAAACAUAAUAUCGAAGAAUUGAAAAAUAUUACUGAAAAGUGGAGGCAAGGGUGUAUUUCUGGAUUAAAUGGACUUCUAAAUCAACUGCAAACUCAUGGACCAAUCGAUAUGCCUACUCUUUUAAGGAAUUUACAAAUUCCAAAUGAAGUGAUAUCUAAAGUAUUUGUUGGUGUUACGUAAAUUUUCAAAAAAUUCCAUGUACCUACCUAAUAUUCUAGAACUGUACUCUACAAUAUCAUACAAGUUAGUUUAAUAUAAGUCAAUUUCACCCCUGCUUUAAUUUAAGGAGAUAAUUACCUAUAUUUGUAGUAUUUUUAGUGGCAACAAUAUUUACAAAGCAACAUUGGGUGCAUUUGAAUAAUAUGGAUAAUAUAUGUUUGUGUUCAAUCUAAACGAGGUGAAAAGAUAUUGAAACUUAAUUAUUAUGUAAAAAUAGUUAAAAAUAAAUUAUUUUAUAAAUAA